ACUCCUGCGUGUUUGCUGAGGAGGAAGGUCCCCACUACACGAAGUACAUUGGCCUUGGGGUGGGGCUGAAGGGAUGGGUGCCUGUGAGAAUGUAACUGAGUGUGACAUAAGGAAGGCUGGUGCCUUCGGGAUAUGAUGGCAAAUCAUCUUGUAAAGCCUGAUACUAGAAAUUGCAAGAGGCCAAGAGAAUUGGAGUCUCCAGUGCCGGAUGGUCCACAGUUGCCUUCUCUUGGAAAAUCAGAUUCAUCUUUCUCUGAAAGUUCCAGACUGUUUUAUAAAGAUGAAGCCUUCGAGAAAGAUUUAAACGAUGUGAGCAAGGAAAUUAAUCUAAUGUUGUCCACCUAUGCAAAGCUCUUAAGUGAGAGAGCAGCAGUAGAUGCAUCUUACAUUGAUGAGAUAGAUGAACUCUUCAAAGAAGCCAAUACUAUUGAAAACUUUCUAAUACAGAAAAGAGAGUUCCUGCGACAGAGGUUUACAGUGAUUGCAAACACAUUACACAGAUAAAAUAUACACUUGAAAUAAGUUGAGAAUUCAAACUUCUUAUUGUUACAAUGAAAUAAUGACAUUUAUGCUUUGAAAGCUCUCUAGUUGUUAAAGAAAAUGUAUACUUUGAACAGAGAAGGGGAAACUCCUUGAAAUUCUUUUCUAGAUUUAAAAAGGAACUUUUAAAUUCCUUAAUGUUAAUAUUAAUCUUCAUGUUAAUGUCCUAAGCUGGACAUUAACAUGAACUAUGUCAUUUUUCUUUUGAGGGUCAAACAUUUAGUGCAUUUUAUAGAAGUGUAAUUAUUUAAUCUUAUGUGGAUUCUUUUAUUUUUUCCUUAAACUUCCAAAAAAGGAUUCAAUUAAUUUAUAAUGUUUAAUAUUAUACUUUUUCUUUUAGAAUAUUUUAUUUAAUAAUCAGCUCAUUUUGAGUCAAUUUUGAUUUUUUUUAUGGUCAGGAUUAUAAAAGAAGAUUAAAACCUUAGAGGUGAUUUUUUCCAGUUUCUUAGAAUAUAAUGACAUAACUGUGUGCUAUUUCUAUUUGAUUAUUUUCACUAUUUGUUAUUAUGUAUGGCUAAUAAAAAGUCUUGGCUUAAAAUGAUUUUUUUGUAGUAAAAAUAGUAAAAUAAAAACCAGAAUUACUCACCA